AUGCGGCCUCCUCCCGCAUUCAUGUCGACUGCGAUGCAUAUGUCCAUCCAACUCCGGUUGAAAUCCCGAACUAACUUCCUUUGUUUCUACGACAAACCCUACGACACCACGGCCCACGAUGACUACACCACCUCAAUCCACGCCAAGGUAUCCAGCACCUGGAAGCUGCACCUCGCAAUGCAGCGUGAGCAACCUCAACCUCCGGGCUUCUUCGCCAUGUUAUCCAGCAUAUCCCGCGUCAUCGGCAACAAAGGCCAGGCAAACUAUGCAGCGGCCAACGCCUUCCUCGACGCUUUCACCAGCUACCGUAACGCCACCGGUCUGCACAAAACACCAUAA